AUGGUCUUGAAUAUCUUAUUCCGGAGUGUGGAGCUCCUUCGAAGUCCGAUCUUUCAUCGCAUGGUGGGUCGAGUUCACCAGAAAGUUCAACAUAUCAGGCACGGAGUGCCUCCGGAAGAGCAAGGAGGCACUAAACUCGAAGGCCAAGGUAUGCUUGCGGCAACCAUCUCGGCGGAAUAG